AUGCAUCGACUUUUUGCUGACCUGGAGCCAUCUGUAACCGUCACCGAGCGAAACCUGGCGGACCGAGUUAGUUAUAUCUUGCGCUCAAAUAUAUUUGAUGUUACCGAACUCGAACGGCUACGACGUGAGGCUGUUCCUUCAUCGGGUGAAAAUGCUGCGGCUGAGGAUGUAGCGCCACAACUUGCAGAGCGAACGACAAAUGUGGAUGCCACCGUGAAUACCCCAGUUGUGGUUGAUUCAAACGAUGGUGAAACAGUCGCCCAGGAACUGGAACUAGAGCAAAUGAGGAGUACAUUGGAGGAGGCAAUUGUGGUAACGCACAGUACGCCUCUCAAAAAUCGAUUGCGACAUCCCCGCAUAGGCCUAAGCAAGCGGAAUUGGGCUGUCAUGAGGGCUCUGAACCCAAUGCUGGUAACCUAUUCGGAGCCAGCCGGGAUCUUUGCGAGACGGACAAAUCUUUUUGGCACCGCACUGGCAGUCUACCGUGUUAUAGGCGCCAAACUUUCCACGGUCAGACGCACUACUGGACAAAAACAAAUUAGUGCUAUCCUAUCCUGGAGAAUAAGAAUUGAAGAACGUAUCGCAAAGGCCAGGGCCCUCAUCGGCAGACUGAUAUGCUUCAGGUCAGGCAAUACCAGGCCAAAGAUUGUGUGCAUUGUCAGGAUGGCGUUAGCUGGGACAAAUGUUAGUUUGUCCCAGCCGGAUAUAAUGCAAAAACUCCACUGA